GAGGGCAGCCACCAAACAGCCUCUCUGACGCGAUCAAAGUCCAAAUGUUGGGUUUCAGACUCGGACUGAGCUCUCACGUGUUUCCUCCAAAGGUUGGGAAGCCAAAUAAUAAGCGGAGAGAGGCGAUGACAGUGCUGCUAGCCGGGGAAAUGUUGCCGCUGUAACAGGAAACUUCCCGAAGCGCCGACUGCGGUCCAGAUAACAUUUAAGGACAACAACUUCAGCUGCUCUGCGGCCAUCAAGUCGACGCUGAAAGUCGCUGCAUUCACCGAGUUACAUCAUCCUAGCGAGAAGAUUUAAUGUUUAACGAACCCAAGGCCUGCAUUGCACUGUUUUAAUCAGCAUUCCCAUCUGACGCUGAGAACAAAGGGUCCGGUGAAAUGGAGGAGGAUGAACGUGCUGAGUCCGAAGGUAGCUGGGGCAGAGAACUCCGGCUAGUCCUCGUCGGAAAGACCGGGUCUGGGAAAAGCGCGUCUGGAAACACCAUCCUGGGCCGCAGGCAGUUCCUGUCGCAGAUCAGUGCCAGCUCCGUCACGCAGACGUGCGAGCGCGCCGAUGCCCAGCUCGCAGAGGAAGUGGACGCGGGGCAGGAAGGCCAGGCUGCCCCGUUGAGGAAGAAGAGGAGGAUGACGGUGGUUGACAUGCCGGGCUUUGGGGACACUCACCUCAGUGUGGAGCAGACCCAUGCAGAGAUAGCCAAAUGCGUCUCCCUCUCAGCUCCCGGUCCACAUGCGUUCCUCCUGGUGGUGCCGGUCGGACGCUAUACAGUCGACGAGAACAAGGCCGUGUGCCAGCUGGCGGACAUAUUUGGAGCGGACGCUGUCUCCAAGCACACCGUGGUUUUGUUUACCAGGGGGGAUGACCUGGACGGGAUCGGGAUCGAAAAGUAUCUGGGAGAGACCGCGCCUGCCGGACUCAAAGCUCUGAUUGAAAGCUGUGGCGGUAGAUACCACGUGCUCAACAACAGAGACCCAAGUGACUCGGCGCAGGUCAGAGAGCUGGUGAGGAAGGUGGAUGAAAUGGUGAAACGGAACAAUGGAGGCUUUUACACUAGUGCGGCGUUCUUAGAGGCGGAGGCCGCCAUCACCGAAGAGCAGAACAGGAUGCUGAGGGAGCGAGGGCAAGCCGAGGGAGAAGGAGAGGGGCCCAACAGUACGAAACGGAGAAGGCGCGAGUUUGAGUCGGGCGAAGGAGAUGCAGAGGGUUUCAGGGUUGAGAUAUGGACGGAGCAAAGCGGGGGCAAUGCCUUCCAAAGCAUCAGGGACCGGUUCAGAGGGAGGAAUCAGGGCAGGACAGGCAGACGUCCCUUCCGUUCAUCCUCGAGUCGCCUGAGGAGGGAAGCUGCUCUCUCUGCUACAGUCCUGGACAGGGUGAAGAUCCUGGUGGCCGCCGGAGCGACGGGCGUGGCGGUGGGCGCCAUCUUUGGAGCGGCUGCCCCUUUGGCGGCUGCGGCGGGGGCCUCUCUCGUAGGGAACUCCGUUGGUUUUGCUGCAGGACAGUUAGCAGGGAUGUCCGUAGCAGGGGGCACCGGUGUCGGUAAGGCCGUAGGGGCCGUAGUGGCCGCGGCCUCUGGAAAAACGGCGGUGGCCCUGGGGGCGGCGGCGGGAGGGGUCCUGGGCGGCUCUGUGGGAGUCGUUGCCGGCACCGAGGCCACAAGUGCCCAGACGGGCGCUUUAGAUACCCUGGGCCAGGUAAGCAUGAUAGGAGCCUCUGCUGUGGGAGUGGCAGCAGGAGUGGGGUGCGCCAUGGGAGCUGGAGCUGCUUUGGGCGCAGCUGUGGAGGGAGCAGCAGCCCUCACGGGAGCAGAGACCGCAGCCUCGGCAGCUCAGGGGAUUGCACCUGCAGCAGCUCAGCGUGCGGUGGCCUCCGCAGGGGGCGGAGCCGCAGGAGCUCCUGGGUGCGCCGCGGCCUUGGCUUCAAGUGUCCCAGCGGGGGCCGCGUGUGAGCUAGCAGGGCCUGUGCUCGGCCACCUGGGCGCCGUCACAGCGGCUACUCGAAUCUUAAACGCCGUGGCUGAGAUUGGCAAAGCGGCAGCCGGAAUUGCUCUAGCUGGGGGUUUGGUGGUGAAGGUGGUGAAGGAGAAAGUGCGAUCUGGCACCAGCACCGCAGAGGCCAGUUAUUCAGAGAGAAAGUCAUAUGAAGUCUACUGGAACAAAUAAACGGAGGCUUUCUCUCAGGUGAGAUCCCUGUAAAUUAGAUCAUAUUGAUGUUCUCUGAAUGGAGGUGCAGGGUGCACUGGCAGAUCUGGGUGAUUCACUCUUUGGGAUUCGGGAUUGCGAUCUUGUAAUCCACUUGCCUGUUUUUUUCCAGGACAUUUUUCUUAGUUGGAUGUACAAAGUUGUGACACAGAUGCUUGCUUUGGAACCAAAAGCAAUUAUAGAAUAUAGGGAAUGGUGUGACUAGAGACCUGUCCUGUGCGGAUGUCUCUAUGCAUUGCUAAGAAGACACAAGAGCAUUG